AUGAAGGAUGAAGAAGGGUUGAAGACAACAACAACAACCUUGGAAGCUCCGAACGAUGUUCCAGCCGUGGAUUACGUUAUUGCUGAUGCUGUUGAAGAAAUUGAAGGAUAUGUAAAUGAUUCUUCUACUGAAAAGGAAAAUUCCGAGGUGGAAAAAGAGGUAUCGGAUUAUGAAGAUGAAAAAGAAGAAGAUGAAGAUGAUGAAUCAGAAAAUGGGGCUGAUGAUCCUGAACUUGAAACAGGUCUAUCUCUUGAUGAUGGCUUCUUUGAAGUUGAAGCUAUUCGUCGCAAGAGAUACAGCAAGGGGAAGUUGGAGUACUUAGUGAAAUGGAUGGGAUGGGAGGAGUCAGCAAAUACUUGGGAGCCUCGAGAUAAUUUGGUUGCUCUUCCUGAUAUUGUUCAAGCUUUUGAGGAAGGCUUGAAAUCGACACCGCAUCAGAAGCGCAAGCGCAAGCAAUCUAGUAAUAGCGCUAAACUCAACAAAAGGGUGGAGCGUUCCGCCACUCCUUACAGCCUUAGAAGCAUAAAAACUAGCACCACCCACUCAAAGGCGUCUAGCAGUAAUUCAAAGCCGGCGGCCACUCCUUACAGCCUUAGAAGCAUAAAAACUAGCACCAACAAUUCAAAGGCGUCUAACAGUAACUCAAAGCCCGACACCUCUCUCAAUGAACAACCCGGUAUUCCCGACUUUCCUGCAUUUCCUCAGACCGUGCUGUUUGCUGACGAAGUAGAAACUUACGGUGAUGGAAGCAGUCUUGAAAAAGUCAAUCAUGCUAAUGAUGAUAUGUCUGUGGAUCCUCCAGAAGAGGUUCCUCGAAACAAUGAGGAAAACGAGUCUGAUCCUAUGCUUACUCCAAACAUCGAAGAAAACAGGUCUGAUGAUCCUAAGCUUACUUCAAACGUCGAAGAAAACAGGUCUGAUGAUCCUAAGCUUACUUCAAACGUCGAAGAAAACAAGUCUGAUGAUCCUAAGCUUACUUCUAACAUUGACAAAAACAAGUCUGAUGAUCCUAAGCUUACUCCAAACAUCGAAGAAAACAAGUCUGAUGCUCCUAAGCUUACUCCAAACAUUGAAGAAAACAGGUCUGGUCGCAAGCUUACUCGCGACAAUAAGAAAAGCAAGUCUGGUCCUAAGCUUACUCGAAACAAUAAGGAAAGCAAGUCUGCUCCUAAGCUUACUCAAAACAAUAAGGAAAGCAAGUCUGCUCCUAAGCUUACUCGAAACAGUAAGGAAUACAAGUCUGAUAAGCUUAUUCCAAACAUUGAAGAAAACAAGUCUGCUUCUAAGCUUACUCGAAACAAUAAGGUAAACAAGUCGGAUCCUAAGCUUACUCCAAACCUUGAAGAAAACAAGUCUGGUCCUAAGCUUACUCCAAACCCUGAAGAAAAAGAGUCUGAUCCUAAGCUUACUCCAAACAUGGAAGAAGACAAGUCCGAUCCUAUGCUUACUCAAAACAGUAAGGAAAACAAGUCGGAUCCUAAGCUUACUCCAAACAUUGAAGAAAAAGAAUAUGAUCCUAAGCUUACUCAAAACAUUGAAGAAAACAAGUCUGAUCCUAAGCUUACUCCAAAUAUUGAAGAAAACAAGAAUGAUCCUAAGCUAACUCCAAACAAAGAGGAAAACAAGUCUGAUCCUAAGCUUAGCGAACUUAAAGCUACAGCAACCAAUGGAAACGGCGCUGACAACCUCGCAAUACAGUUUGAAGAAGUCGUGACUCCUCCAGUAAAACCUCACAUGAAUGAACAACCAAAUGUGGUUUUCACAGAAGCGAUUACCAAAAAAAAUGCAGGUAGCGCAGAACCAGUCCAAACUGGCUCCGGACGGUCAGGAACCAGACGGAGAAAAACUACUGCUGUGAAGAGGUUCACCCGAACUACAUUAGCUAGUAAGACCGGUAAUACAGGAAUUACUGACAUUGCAGCUCCUAGUAGUCAUACAGCGGCAGAACCUGUGAAACCGGAGUCUGAUAUUGUUGAGAUUGUGAAGCCGGUAGGCUAUUCAGCUGCAGAAGCCAGCACCAAGCAGGAAGCUUCGGUGACCUUCAAGGUUAAAAGGUCGGAUGGAUCAGAAGUUAUCGUUGAUAAUAACUAUCUCAAAACAAACCAUCCGAUUCUUCUGAUCGAUUACUAUGAGCAGCAUCUGCAGUACAGUGCGAAACCAUCGUGA